CCAUUGCUGGUUGAUCUCGUUGAGACACAAGCCAUUCUCGCCACCACAGUAAAAGCAUCUCCCAUCAGAAAUGGUUUCCUUCUCUCGCAGGAGCCAAAUCUUCCUCCUCUGCAUCUUCCUCAUUGCUCCCUCUCUUCAAAUUCAUGCGAGAGAGAGCAAGUUCUUCAGGAGGGAAACACCAUACGGGCGACCGACUUACAAACCCGAAGUGAAUCAGGAGGAGUUCAGUCCAUUCCCAGACUUCAACGACACUACCCAGUGGCCUGACAUCAAGGAGACGGCGUCCAACCUGAACGGCCAUGGCCUCUAUGGCCAGGAGCCGCAGUGGUUCCCCACGGAGCAACGAGACCAACCCCAAGUCGAAGGGAAGGAGUUCGCUCCGUUCAAUUCAGACUUCAAUGACACCACCCAAUUGCCUCUCUUCAAAGAAACCUCCUCCCCGCCGCAGAACCAGAAUGGGACUCUCUUCGGUCAGGAGCACCAACAGUUCCCUGCAACCGGAAAUAUCACCACCAACACCACCACCAUCACCACCACCACGGAACUCGAGAAUCGACCAACCACAGUAGACUAUAGCCCCUUCAAGAGGGAGAGUACCAACCACUACGACGAAGAGCAGUUUGAGAGCAAAGAUCUGAAUUCUGGGUUCUCUGGCUAUGGAAUGAGCGGCACCAGGUCCACGGAGAACGGCAGGUACUUCGACGACCUGAAGAACGACUAUGGUCGGAAUGGUUUCCCGUAUGGAAGAAGAACUGUCGGCGCCAGAUAUGAAUACCCUUACAGAGGAGUUAGCCCAAGCGAGGAGGAGACCAGAUAUCGAAGCUACGGCGGCAGCUACGGCAACGAGAAUGCUUAUUAUGGAAGCAACAACUACCAUUUGAAGGGCAACCAGGAGGAGGAAGAUGAUUUUCUUCCUUGAGAUUUCUGGUUUUCUGCUACUUUCGCUUUACACUCGAUAGUUUCAAAGUCAUUGAGUUGAUCAGGGACUUUGCAGGCUGCCGGAGAUUUUACAAGAAGGUCUAAAGAUGAUCAAAUCAGUAGAUCUAGUAAAUUAGGUAAGUUAUAUCCCAGAGCCAGCCUUUGUUCAGGCUUGGGCAGAAGUAAACGAGAUGUAUAAUUUUUUUUUCUCCGUUGAAUGAUAAGUCAUAUAGUUGAUGACUGAUCACGGAAAAUGGAGACGCCAAUGUUGGUUUUGGCAAAUUGGUGCGAUAUUUGCUAUGCAACCUUCUUUUUCCGAUCA